AUGGCUGAAGACUCGAAAUUCGAGAACUUGCGCCAGAAAAUCGAAGGUAAUCUGAAGAAGUCUGAGAGCAGGACCAAGGUAAAGUCUAAGAAGUCGGAGUCAGCAGAAGACACGAAAAAGAAUUUAGCAACAGACAACGUUCGCGGGAAGAAGAGGGGUCGUGACGGCGAGGUUAAAAACGAGAAACCUCCAGGCCAGCCCAUUUCAAAGACGAGCAAGAAAGCUCAAGACGCUACCGGACCCGUCAAGGGCAAAGACGAAGUGGACUUGAAAGCCAUUGUCGCUGAGCUUGGUGGUACACAGGAAGAUUUGGAUCUCAUCGAUGGUAUUCAGUCAGACUCUGAGCUCGAAGGCCUCGAAUCGCAACCAAAAAGUACAGCACAACCAGACUCGAAGAAGGGCAAGACGUUAGAAUCUGGAAUGGCAAAUAUACUGAAAGAGAUUGCGCUCGUGCGGGAUACAUACGCGGACAGUGAGAAUGAGGCUGACAGUGAAGAGGAUACUGCUUCCAAGGUCAAUGGUGACAAGACCUCUGCUCGUUCACAGGCUGACCAUAAAGAAGAUGACAGCAUCAAGUUCAAAAGUGCCGCCACAGAAAUCCAGCAGCAAAAGGGCAAGAAAAUAAAACUUCACUGCACACCACGGCCAGACUGGUUCAUGAUCGAAAUACCUGAGAUCGACGAGUCGCAGAAACCAAAAUUCGAUGUGUCGACCCAAUCGAUUGACCGGCUGCGAUCCCAUGCACGUUCUCUUUUGCAGGUAGAGAAUGAGGCCUUCAAGGGCAGUCAUGCAUCGUCGUCUUCUCAGUCCUUUUACAAUACUGUCAUUUCAUCUGGCACUUUGUCAGACAAAAUUUCAGCUCUGACUCUGGCAGUGCAGGAGUCACCCCUACACAACAUGAGAGCGUUCGAGACUCUGCUCAAUCUAGCAAGGAAGAGGAGCCGCUCCCAAGCCGUCGACGUGCUCAGAGCUCUGAAGGACUUGUUCGCACAGGGCUCUAUGCUACCAAGCGAUCGACGGCUCUACACCUUCUCCACUCAGCCCGGCCUGAUCGCGAUUUUGGGGCAGAUGAAAUCCUGGCAGUCGGGUGAGCCGUUGCCUAACGGACUCAAGGAGGCUCAUCUAAUUGUCUGGGCUUUCGAAGACUGGCUCAAAGAGCAGUAUUUUGAGGUACUGAAAGUCCUAGAGACCUGGUGUAAUGACGAGAUCGAGUUUGCAAAGACAAGAGCCACAAGUUAUGUCUACGAGCUCUUGAAGGAGAAACCUGAGCAGGAAUCUAAUCUGUUGAGGCUGCUGCUAAACAAGCUUGGAGACCCUGUCAAAAAGAUAGCUUCACAAGCUUCAUAUCUCAUCAUGCAGCUACUGGCAGCUCAUCCAGCGAUGAAGGAUGUGGUCAUCUCUGCCAUCGACACUGACUUUAUCUUCAAACCAAACCAGUCCACUCAUGCACGCUACUACGCAGCUGUGACCUUGAACCAGACUGCUCUUAGUGUGAACGAGGAGAGAAUCGCCAUCAAACUCUUGGACAUAUAUUUUGGUCUCUUCAAAUUACUUCUAAAACCUGGCGAAGAACAAAAGAAGCCUGUCAAAGUUUCAAGCACUCACAAAAGACAGCGAGAGCAAGCGGAGGCUUUGGCUGAUGGUGAGCAGGAGAACGAUUUACGUGAAAAGCUAAUAUCUGCUGUCUUGACUGGAGUCAAUCGAGCUUACCCAUAUGCUGGAGCAGAUCACAAACGUUUCAACGAACAAGUCGAGACUCUGUUCCAAAUUACUCACUCGGCCAACUUCAAUACCAGUAUUCAGGCGAUGCUGCUCAUCCAACAACUCACUGCCGCCACAUCUGCUUCAACAGAUCGUUUUUACAGAGUGCUUUACGAGUCGCUCCUUGAUCCACGUCUACUAGCGUCCUCGAAGCAGCAGCUCUACCUCAAUCUUCUCCAUCGCUCACUCAAAGCAGAUCUAAAUCAGAAACGCGUCAAAGCUUUCGCUAAGCGAAUCUUACAAAUCUUGUCUCUGCAAGAUCCCUCUUUCGUAUGUGCUGCAUUCUUCCUGUUGAAAGAUCUGGAGAAGACAUUCCCUUCCUUGACGGCAAUGCUCGAUCAGCCCGAAGAACACGAAGAUGACGAAGAGGUCUUUCGAGACGCUGAUGCCGAACCACCACCACAAGCUUCAAGUACCACUACCACGAACGACACUAUCAUUUACGACGCAGUGAAACGUGACCCUGCCUACGCAAAUGCAGACAGAUCCUGCCUCUGGGACGUCAUACCCUACCUCGCUCACUACCACCCCUCCAUUACCGUCAGCGCCGACCACAUCCUCGACCGCAAACCCCUUCCAGGCAAACCAGACCUCUCAAUCCACACCCUAGUCCACUUCCUCGACCGCUUCGUCUACAAAAACGCCAAGUUAUCCGACACACCCAAACUCCGCGGUUCAAGCAUCAUGCAACCCAUGGCGCACGAAGACUCAAAGGCCGUACUCGUUGGCGCCACAAGCGCAAGAAGCCGCAACUUGUUACCUGUCAACUCAGCAGAAUUCCUCGCCAAGAAGGAAGAAGACAUCCCCGCCGAAGACGUCUUCUUCCACCAGUAUUUCAAGACUCUCGGUAAAUCCGCUAACAAACAGGUCAAGAAAGCGGCGAAGAAGAGGGCCGAGCUCGAGGAGGACGGCACUGUUGCAAGCGAUGACAACGAAGACGAAGUAUGGCAAGCCAUGCUCAAUAAUGCUCCUGAUCUGGAGGGUCUGGGCGCAGAUGAAGACGAUGAGUUCUCGGACAUGGAUGGCUUUGAGGACGAGAUGAUGGACGAUGACGAAGAUGACGAAGAAGAAGCAGACAUUGAUACCGCCAUGCAACUCCAAGACAACGACUCCAACGAAGAAGGAAGCGUAGACAUCGAAGCCGGCAUCUUCGACGAUUCCGACGACGACGAACAACUCAUAGAUACUGGCGCAGCUAAAGCACUAGACGAAGACGAGGACGAUGACUCUGACUUUGGCGGCCUUAGUUCUGAGAAUGAGGCCAAGGCCACCAAGAAGCCGAGCAAGAAGACAUUGCAGAAGAGAGAAGGCCGCGAAAGGAAGAAGAAACUCAAGGCAUUGCCUACGUUUGCAUCGGCUGCGGACUGGGCGAAGGAGCUUGAUGAUGAUGAGGAUGAGGAUUUGGGCUAG